AUGGCAAAUUUGAGUCAGAUGGCCGCUUCCCUUCCUUACUACGAUGAGGACAUCCCAAUUACGGAUGAAGAGGGAGGUGUGGAGGAUGCCAUUAUUCCCUUGGGCUCCCAGGACUCCGAUAUACGCGGGGUCAGCAAUGCUGCGGCUCCUCUUCGGGAACCUGCAACGGCACUACCAGCCAACUCACCCGGCUCUACGGCCUAUCAAACAGGCUCCGCUUCUCCUCUACGGGAGAAUUGCACGGCAGAGCCUGCACCAAAUCCGGGAUCUUCGUCCCAAACUGCAGGAGAUACCCCUCAGGUGCUCCUGGCCUCAAGUAGUGGUCUUUCGACCGCAAGUGCAGAUACCGCUGCUCCCCUAUGGGAGAUUGCACCAGCGCGGUCUGCAUCUCCCCAAGACUCUGCCUGGACCGUCGGUACGGCGUCUCCUCUACGGGAGCUUGCACCCGUCGUACACGAACUUCAAUCGACAGAUGUGGCUACUACAGGCGGAAUGGUUGCUCCUCUACGGGAGACUAAAACUUCCACUUCCGCCGAAACUCCUCAAGGCAAAGGCACAGUGGACGUGCCUCCAUCGGGAAUGUCCGGAAUUUCUUAA